UCUCAUGAUGUGCAACAGGAUGGUCUCUAUGGAUACGGGGACAAACAGAAGAUAACAAGCCCUCGGCCACUUAAAGCGCACUGGAGCCGCGGAGGACGCAGGCGAGCAGGCAGGUGGCCAGACGGGGCAGGCGUGGCGUGUCGCGGUGCAGGCGGAGAGCGGUGCGGUGCAGGCGGAGCAGGCUCAGCAGCGGGAGGUUUGCAGAGACUCUGUGUUCGUCUCCUCCUCCGUCUUCAACCCCACCCAAACCUCCAUUGAAGACGCAUCCUUGAGCGCUACAAGCAAGCGAAGAGAUUUUCUCAUGAUGGCACAAAACACAGACAUGGAACUGCUCUUGGACUCCUUCAAGAAGUUUGCCAUCCAUGGAGACACCAAAGCCACUGGGAAGGAGUUGAAUGGGAAAAACUGGGCCAAACUUUGCAAAGACUGUAAGGUCAUUGAUGGAAAGAACGUCACCAGCACCGAUGUAGAUAUCGUAUUCACUAAAGUGAAAGCAAAGACUUCUCGGGUCAUCACUUAUGAGGAAUUCCAGAAGGCUCUGGAGGAAUUAGCGCCAAAAAGAUUCAAAGGUCAGAGCAAAGAAGAAUCCUUGAAGUCCAUCCACAAGUUGAUCGAGGGCAAAGAGCCCACCAAUGUUGGCAUAACGAAAGUAGCCAAGACUGCCACAGUGGAGCGCUUGACGGACCCGUCCAAGUACACGGGUUCCCACCGAGAGCGCUUCGAUGAGAGCGGGAAGGGGAAAGGCAGGAGCGGGCGGGAGGAGCUGGUGGAGAACACCGGCUACGUUAGCGCGUACAAGAACGCGGGGACCUACGAGGAGAAAACCAAAGCCAAGUGAACCCUGUGACGUAGGGCGGAGUGAGACGAGCUCGCUCAUCCACGUUCGGGGGCUUGAGACUGAAUCAGAGCUCGGCCAACAUCCGCAGCCCGGUAAUUAACGGCGGAGAGCCGCGGUUUCCUGGAGCUAACCGGACUGCAGAAACGAUUGCCUUUUGAUCUCCGGCAAAUAUCCCGCGGCUCAAUUUCAACGCAUAAAACGAGACUCACAAAGCGGGAGCCUGCUGAUGGAGUGGAUCGUCUCUUUAUGGAGUCAUCUUAUUAAUUCUCCCUCUUUGUUUAAAACCCAGAGGAGUAAUAACACAAUCUGCUCUGUUUUGCUAUGUAUGAUUCUGAAUAUUUCUGUGUUAAUGUAUUGCUUUCAAUUGCUGACUUCAAUCAUGUAAUUCAUGACUCUGUUACUUAAAUAUGCUCCUGUUUGUAACCUAUGCACUGCUUUUUAGUUACUGUUAUAUUGCAGUCUCAUUCCCAAUUUCUGGUUUGUAACUUGUUAGUUUACUGUCUUGUGUAACUUUGUAACUUUGUGUUUUAUGUGAGGAUCCCCCUUGCAAAAGAGAUUUCGAUAACACAAAUAUCCUUUUCUGCCAGGUUGUUUACCAGCCAAUUACAACAUUUAUCAAUUGCACAUCUUUAUUUGACCUCUUUGUCCCUUAAAGCUGUUACCUUCAACAUAAUCAACAAUUCAUUGUACUGUAAUUACAUUUUCUAAAUACAUAUUUUAAGACUAUGCUAGCAUUUGUUCCAUAAUCCAGGAUGUUCAAAAUCUAUUAAACAAUUAUUUGUGCUUACUGCUUUAUUGUAUAUUUCAGAAAUGUUUCUUUUUAAAAGCGAUGUCCUUAUUCUUCCCUAUUAUUGUGGUAUAAGCAAGCUGUGUUAAAACUGGAAAAAUAAAUACAUUACAAUAAAUACAUACAUAA